AUGAGUAGACCAGCAUUAAAAGGAACCAAAUCCAACUUUGCAUUGGCAAUCAACUACAAUCAAAUAACAGAUGAACGAGUAAAGAGUUAUCUACGUACAGAACAAAAUGUAAUACAAUGGAUAGAGUCUGUCCUACAGAUUCAAUUAAAAGGUGAUCUGCGACUAAACCUAAAGAGUGGAAUUGUGUUGUGUUUUUUGGCCAAUUCCCUGCAGGCAGACAGUGUUCCAAAAGUUCAAGAAAGUACAACUGUUGACUUUAAAUUACAAGAAAAUAUUAUCUUUUUUUUAGAAGCAAUGGAAGAAUUGGGUGUACCAAAACAUAAAAGAUUCCAAUUGAAUGAUUUAUGGCAUGGAGAGAAUAUGGUUAAAGUGGUUGAAUGUCUUUCUUCACUUGCUUCUAUUGCUCAAUCAAAAGGUUUUCAUACUACAAUGAAACCAAUUGAUCCAAAGACACCAGUUGUAAUGCCAACUGGAGAACAAUUAAUAACAUUAAAAUCAUUAUUGGUUCAAAUUAAAGAACCUGCCAAAGCAUUAAAGGGUUCAAGAAAAGGUGCUGUUGUAUUAAAAACUCAAAUGGCUUUAUUAUCUGGAAAUCAAAUGGAUAUGAUAAAAUUUGAAAAAGGUGUAGUUGCAUUUCAAAAAAUAUGGAGAGGUUUCAAAGCAAGAAGAUUAUAUCAUAAAUUAAAGAGAGAUUGUGCAUAUAGAGAUAAAAUCAUUCAAGAAAUUUUCCAAACUGAAAAGGAUUAUGUUUUAAAAUUAAAUAUUUGUAUUACUACAUAUAUGGGAUCAUUAAAUGAAUUAUUAACAAAAGAUCAAAUUAAAUCAAUCUUUUCAGAUAUUCAUAUUAUACAUGCAUUUGGAAAUAAAUUGGUUGAAAAGUUAAAGGUUAGAUUGGAUUCUUGGAGUCCUAUAUCGAGAUUGGGUGACAUCUUUUUAGAGAUUUCAGAUUUCCUAAAGGUAUACACUUCGUAUAUUCAAAACUACAACAAUGCUUUGCAGACGAUAGACGAGGUUAAAAAAAAGGAAAAGGUUGUACAAGCACUACAGGAAUGCUUUACCAACCCGAUAUGUCGUGGAUUUGACCUGACAGCAUUCCUCAUUAUGCCCAUUCAAAGAGUACCGCGUUACAACCUUCUCUUGGCCGAUCUCGUCAAACGUACUUGGACCGACCACCCAGACUACCAAUCACUGUGCCAAGCCACCGAAAAAAUGAAACAAACAGCACAUUUCCUCAACGAACGUAAACGUGAAGGUGAAAACUUUCAAAAAUUCACAGAGAUUCAAUCGAAUUUGGUGGGCAAGGUACCACAACUAUUUGUGCCCACUCGAAAGUACAUCCAAUGCAAUACAUUUACCAACACUAAAAAGGAUGAGGUUGUCAUCUACCUCUUUAACGAUAUUGUUGUGUAUGGUCGUCCAGUCAAACAAAUCAUCGGUGGUGGUAGCAAUAAAAAGGUCAAGUAUCAUGGUACCAUCGAGUUGACCAACGGUACCGUUGAGUCUAGCGUCAAUGGCAAUCCACUCCAAUUCUCAAUCAAGUCACCUGAACACUCUCUCAGUCUGCUGGCAAAGACACCCGAAGAAAAGGAAGAGUGGUGUCAACACGUCAAACGACUCUCAAAAGAAUUGGUCGACAAGGAAAUACAAACCAAAGAAAACAAAUCAAAUCCACUCCACUUGAACAAACCAAAGUCACUAGAAGAAACUGACAAUCUACAACAACCAACUGCAGACAAGGAACUUAUUAAACGUAGAAAUGAAAGUAAAUCUGUUUCUUCUGGGUCUGGGUCUGGAUCAGGUUCCACUCCAUCUUCUCCAAAUGGUCAUCUUACUUCUAGUACGAGUACUACUAGUACUACCACUACCGCUACAAGUGGUUUGGAUCAACCAGUUGGAUCACCAAGUAAAGAAAACACGACCACUGCCACUACCACCGCCAAUCACACUUCAUCUCCACAAGCCCAAAACAAGUCACUAUUUGCAUCAUUCUUUGGGUUUAUGAGAGGAUCUAAUAAUGGAGCAAAUGCUCCACACUCUGCGACCGAUAGUGAUAAUGAAAAUACAGACUCUGAAUCAGACCUUCAAAGAUCAAAGAGUAAUGAUAGUACUCUUUCAACUACAAGUACCACUGCCAACACCACCACCACCACAGUUGUCGGUCUAGAUGAUCAUGUUGAUUCAGUAGUAUCAGAUACUGCUACGUCACCCAAUUCCAAGGCCAACAGACCGACAUCACGCAAGAAAUCAACAUCAAGAAAAACAUCGGUCGAUGACAUUGAAGUGGGUACUAAAAAGCCAUCGGAAACUGAAACUCGUGGUCGAUCACAUUCUACACUCAAACGUCUAUUUGGAAAGAAGAGUAGUAAAGAUAAACAAGUUGAUGAUGAUACUACUACGACAGUAACUACAACAAAGGAAGAAAAGAUUACUACUCCUCAAGUAGUAGCAGCAGCAGCAGCAGAUACACCAACCAUUUCAAUUGAUGUUGUUUCAUCACCACCACAAACAUCAGUUAAUGGUGCAAGUAAUAGAAAUAGUCCAUCUGGUUCAAUUACUCCAACCACUCAAGUUACACCUCCAGAUAGUCCUCUCAUUAACAAACAACAACAACAAACAAAUACAACUCAACCAACCAACUCCAAUUCACUAUCUUCUUCUUCUUCGACAACUACCCCCACCUCCACUGUCACUGUUGACGAACAACAACAACAACAACAACAACAACAACAACAACAACAACAACAACAACAACAACAACAACAACAGGAAAGCAGCAUAAAUAAUGAUGAACUUUUCAAACAAUUAACAUUGGAACAAGUUAAAUCAAGGAAAUCAGAUUUAGAUCAACUCAAACUAGAGAGUUAUUUGACAGAUGAAGAAUUUUCAAAAGUAUUUGCCAUGGACAUUGAUCAAUUUAGAAAAUUACCAAAAUGGAAACAAGAUCAAAAAAAGAGAGAUAAAUCUUUACUCUAA